AUGUCCGAAUCACCUCCGCCGCCUCCGUCGUGGAGCAUCAGCAACAUGACCAAUAGCGCCGUCCAGUUCCUACGACUGCCCGUCUUGGCUUCAUCAGGGUUAGCGGUAGUCGCCAGUGGCCUCCUAUACUUCAAACAGAAUGAGUUGAUAUACCCCCGCAACGUCCCCGUGGAUGCGCGAACCAAUGUCCCAAGUCCCCGAGGGUUUGGCAUCACCGACUUUGAAGACCUACGAAUCCCUACCCCAGAUGGAGAAUCGCUCCAUGCCCUCUUCCUCCGGCCGCCCAAGAGUCGCUAUCGGCGCAACCUGACCGUGUUGAUGUUUCAUGGAAACGCUGGUAACAUCGGCCAUCGUGUGCCGAUCGCCAAGGCAGUUCAGGACACGCUGCAUUGCAAUGUGUUCAUGUUGGAGUAUCGGGGAUACGGCCUGUCAACAGGUGUGCCGGAUGAGGCAGGCUUGAAAAUCGAUGCUCAGACGGGGUUGGACUAUCUGCGACAGCGAGCAGAAACCCGGGAUGACAAGAUUGUUGUCUAUGGACAAAGUCUGGGUGGUGCAGUGGCCAUCAACCUUGUUGCCGAUAAUCAAGAAAACGGAGAUGUAGCGGGGUUGAUUCUGGAGAAUACCUUCCUGAGUAUUCGGAAAUUAAUCCCAACCGUAUUCCCCCCAGCGCGAUACUUGGCUCGCUUUUGCCACCAGUACUGGACAAGUGAAGAGGUGCUACCUAGGAUCACCAAAAUCCCUAUUCUUUUCCUCAGUGGGCUCAAGGAUGAACUCGUGCCUCCAUCCAACAUGACCCAACUAUUCUCUGUAUGCCAGUCUGAGAACAAAGUCUGGCACGCACUCCCUAAUGGAGGCCAUAAUGACUCGGUAGCUGAACCGGGCUACUUCGAGCAUAUCCACUCUUUCGUUAAGGAGGAGGUUAUGAGCGACUAA